AUGGCUGUCCGAGCGCAGUUCGAAAACUCCAACGAAGUCGGCGUCUUCGCCAACCUGACCAACAGCUACUGUCUUGUGGCCAUCGGGGCCUCGGAGAACUUCUAUUCCAUCUUCGAGUCCGAGCUCGCCGACCUCAUUCCCAUCGUCCACUGCACUAUCGCAGGCACCCGCAUCGUGGGUCGCCUGACGACCGGCAACAAGAAUGGUCUCCUCGUCCCCACGUCCACGACAGACCAAGAACUGCAGCAUCUCCGAAAUAGUUUACCGGACGAGGUGAAGAUCCAAAGAAUAGAGGAAAGAUUAUCCGCUCUGGGGAAUUGCAUUGUCGCCAAUGACCACGUGGCGCUGGUGCAUCCAGACAUCGAGCGCGAGACGGAAGAAAUCAUCGCAGAUACUUUGGGUGUGGAGGUGUUUCGACAGACCAUUGCCGGCAACGUGCUGACGGGCUCGUACAUGUCUCUGUCGAACCAGGGCGGGAUCGUCCACCCCAAGACCAGCAUCCAGGACCAAGACGAACUCAGUUCCUUGCUGCAAGUGCCGCUCGUCGCGGGCAGUGUGAACCGAGGAAGUCCCGUCGUCGGCGCCGGCAUGGUCGUCAACGACUGGCUCGCCGUCACCGGUAUGGACACCACUGCCACUGAGCUGAGUGUCAUUGAAAGUGUCUUCAGGCUGGGUGAAGGUGGUCCCGGCGGUCUUGAUGCCAGAAUGAAUGCCAACAAGGAGAGCAUCGUCGAGAGUUUCUACUAG